AUGGCAACAUCCAGAGAUGGGACAAACCCUCUAAGACCGUACUACAGGCCUCCAUCUAUAGGCAUUCCUCUCGACGCCCCAGCGACAAGCUCUGGAACUCACGGCCUAGGACCAAAGAAUGGCAGCGCUGCGGCAUACGCGUCGUCUGCGCGCGAUAUGUUCGACUACAGUGAUUAUUUGUCUGAUUCCUCGCCGUCAUCAAUAGAUGCGGUCAAGAGGACGCUGGACGAUUGGCUAUACAGGUAUAUCAGCAUCUUGUUAGCCCAGCCCUUUGACGUUGCCAAAAUGGUCUUGCAAGUAAGGAGUCAGACUGGUACGGAUGGAACGAUACCCAGAUCAGUUACAGGCGACAGGCGGUCACAGAAUCCGGGUUAUAGGGAUUCAAUAUAUAGAGAUUACAUUUCUGACGACUCUGAUGGCGACGAACAAUCAUAUUUCACCUCAUCUUCUCCUUCGUCCCUAUCCCACUCCCCUUCUAGAUCACGAAGACAUAAUCCGGUAGGCCGGGACUAUUCCCCUUCUCCCGAAAGGCGCGCCGCCCCUGGGUACCAGCUCUCGCUCAAGAAGGCGGACUCGAUAUUAGAAGUUAUAUCCCAAGAAUGGACCAAAGAAGGGGCAAGAGGGGUAUGGAAGGCAUCGAACACCACAUUUUUGUAUAGUUUGUUGCUUCACACGAUGGAGCAGUGGUCAAGGGGCCUAUUCUCAGCAAUUUUCAACAUGCCAGAGGCAGCGGUUGCUGGAUUAACUGGCUCGGCCGACCUAGCAGAUUCUCCAUAUCCAUGGGCUUCAUUGGGCGUGGCAGUUGCCGCUGCUGUAACCACUGGACUUAUCCUCGCACCCCUCGACCUUGUCCGCACCAAGUCAGUAGCCUCCCUACUUCCCUUCGCUCUCGUCGCGACUAAUCUUAGCAGGCUCAUCCUCACUCCAACAUCGUCGCCCAAACGCUCUCUUGCACAAAACCUCCGCUCCCUCCCCUCCUAUUUCUGUUCCUCGACCUUAAUGAUACCCACCAUGUUACACAGCCUUAUCACACCCACCAUCAACCAUUCCACGCCUCUCCUCCUCCGCUCCCACCUUGCAAUCGAUCCUGUCCUAACACCCACUGCUUAUAGCAUCGCAAACUUACUUUCCCGCACCGUUGAGCUUUUCCUGAAGCUCCCCCUCGAAACUGUCCUCCGUCGAGGCCAAAUAUCAGUUUUGAUGUCGCCCUCAUAUUGCUUGGAGAUUGGAAAACAGCUAGAAACGACUGUUGAGCCGGGUCCCUACAGUGGCGUGCUUGGCACUAUGUGGUCAAUUGUCAAGGAGGAGGGAGGGCCAUCAGGCCAGGAAAAGGACGUUGGGAUAGCUGGUAUAAGGAGCUUGAAAAAAGGAAAGAAAGCAGAAAAGAAAGGGCAGGGAGUCGAAGGACUUUGGAGGGGGUGGAGAGUAGGCAUGUGGGGAUUGGUGGGAAUGUGGGGAGCUAGAGCGAUGGGAGGAUCGGGGAGCAGCGCGGGAGAGUUUUGA